ACCUCCCAUGAGCUCUUUUCAGUUCUCUCAGUCCCCCCUUGAAUUAAGUAACCACACAAAGAGAGAGAGAGAAAGAAUUCAGUUUUUUUCAGACACAUUUACACAAUUACAUACACACAGUUAAUGGAUUUGCAUGAACCUGAAACAAGAACACAAGUCAUGUCUUAUGAUGAUGAUUACAUAGACAUGGAGAUCAAUCUCUCUUCUUCUUCUACUUCUCACUCCUCAAGCUUCAUCAGCUUCAACGUCACCUCCUCGCCACCGCAAAGCAGAGAGUUCGAGUUCCAAAUGUGCCCCUCCGCCGUAGCUUCCGGAGAAUCCACCACGUGUCCCGCCGACGAUCUCUUCUACAAAGGCCAACUCCUCCCUCUCCACCUCCCUCCUCGUCUCCAAAUGGUCCAAAAGCUUCUCGCAUCCUCCUCCUCCUCCACCGCCGCAAAAGAUACUCCGAUUUCCCCACGCGCCGCCGCAUUUUUGCCAGGGAGAUUCAGUAGCAGCGAGAUCGAAGUAAGAGGCCAAGACGAGCUCAACGAGAAUCUUGGAAAGAGCAAAAAGAUUAAACAGUCAUCGAUAACUAAGAAGCUCAAGGCCUCACGUGCUUACAUAAGAUCUCUCUUCUCAAGACAAGGAUGCUCAGAUUCAUCAGAGAUCGGCAUCAAGAACUCUAAAUCCUCGAAAAACAAGAACCCACUAGGGAAACAAGAAUACUCAAAUCCUCCAUUGAGUCACAGGAGUUCGUUCUCUGGUGUAAUACAGAGACAUUCUCCAGCAAAGUGUUCUUCCUUGUCUUCUUCCUCGAGGUCGUCGCUUUCGUCUUCGUUCAGUUUUGGAUCAAACGGGUCUUUGGAUCUACAGACGCUGAUGAGAAGCAGCAACGCGAGCUCGGAGGUUGACAACUCCAUUGAAGGAGCUAUUAAGCAUUGUAAGCAGUCGUUUACCACGAGGAAGAGCAAUGUGGCUGAAUCUGAGUUCUCUUCUUCAAGAACAUCUGUUUCUACUUGCGGUGACAUUGAGAAAUGAUGAGAUUCUAAUUUUUUAUUUUUUAUUUAGAUUAUUAUUUGUGCUUUUUUUUUUUUGUAGAAGUUUGGUAAAUUUGAGGUUCUUUCUGUGUUAAUGCUACAAAAUUACUAAGUAGUUUUCCUGCCGAUAUAUUAUG